AUGUCCCAUUCCAUCGAACCUGUCCCAGCCGUCGGCAUAUUGGGUGAAGGAGAUCCGGGCACUAGCAUCCCGUUGUCAACGGUCGCCGCCGAUACUAGUGCCGCCCGCAGAAAUGCACCCAGCGGCACCAGUACCUCUCACGAAGACGUAGUAGGAGGAGAUGCAGACGACCGAGGCGGGUCGAAGAGGGCCAUAUCACACGGCCGCGAGGGUCAUGACCCCCCCGCGAGCGACCCCUCGCGCAGAGAGCCGGCUGAGCCAGAUGUGGAAGUGCCUCCCAAGAAACGGUCGCGCACCAACAUCGCCAUAUCGAUGACGAUCCUGUGCCUGUCAGUGGUGCUAUCAGCGCUCGACCUGACCAUCGUGACGACGGCCAUGCCCGCCAUUGUCGCUUCCUUCGGCUCCGUCUCGGGCUACACCUGGAUCGGCGGCUCGUUCGUGCUCGCCCAGACGGCCACCACGCCCGUCUGGGGCUCCCUGUCCGAUAUCUGGGGCCGCAAGAUCAUCAAGCUCGUCGCCCUGGCCGCCUUCCUCGUGGGCAGCCUGGUCUGUGCUGUCGUCAAAGACUUGGAGUCGUUCAUUGCCGGCCGCGCCAUCCAAGGCCUCGGGGCCGCUGGCAUGGGCUCGAUGGUGAACAUUAUCAUCAGCGACAUGUUCUCCUUGCGAGAUCGCGGUGCAUAUUUUGCUAUCACCUCUGUGGUCUGGGCUGUCAUCAGUGCCAUCGGGCCCUUACUCGGUGGGGUCUUCACCACGUUGAUCAGCUGGCGGUGGUGUUUCUGGAUCAACCUUCCUGUUGGUGCAGUUGUGUUCUUUAUGGAUUUAUUCUAUCUGGAUAUCCCCAACCCUCAUACGCCGGUCAAGGCCGGGCUCAAGGCCGUCGACUGGACGGGAGGCUCACUGGUCAUUGGUGGUACGCUUAUGGCGCUCUUCGGCCUCGAGUUCGGCGGAGUCAGCCAUCCAUGGUCCUCGCCAACCGUAGUCUGUCUCCUCGUCUUCGGCCCAAUUGUCAUUGGGAUCUUCUUCUUCAACGAGUGGAGGUGGGCUUCCAACCCAAUCAUCCCUCUUCGGCUUUUCAGGAGCGCCUCGUCCUUUGCCGCUUUUGGCAUCAGCUUCUGCAACUCGUACGUAUUCUUCGGUGCGGCCUACUACCUGCCGCUGUACACGCAGGCGGUGCUGGGAGUGAGCGCUCUCACUUCCGGUCUCUACCUCCUCCCGCUUAUUGUCUCAUGUUCUUUGCUGGCGGCGUUCUCUGGCGUUUACAUACAGAAGACGGGCAAGUAUCUGCCUGUGCUGUACUUUGGCCAGCUCCUCACCACUCUUGGUGUCGGGCUAUUUAUUGACCUCGAGUAUGGAGAGAGUCCUGCGAAGCUUUUCGUCUUCCAGCUACUUCUAGGUGGCGGUGUUGGCAUGAACCUCGAGGCACCCCUAGUCGCGGCCCAGGCCGCCCUGACGGCUCUGGACAACGCUGCAGUCAUUGCGACGAUGAAUUUCGUCCGGUCUCUAUCUAUAGCCAUCUCCAUUGUGGUCGGCGGGGUUGUCUUCCAGAACCGAAUGAAUGCAGAGAAUCCGAACCUGACGGCCAAGAUUGGCUCAGAGGAAGCAAGCAAGUUCAGCGGCAGCGGAGCAGCUGCCAAUGUCGACCUCAUUGGCAUGUUGCCUCGCGACCAUCAAAGCCUUGUCCGGCAAACAUAUUUCAAUGGGCUGAGGACAGCAUGGAUCAUGUACGUGGCCUUCGCCGGUGUUGCUACGUUUUGCAACUUCUUCGUCCGGGCACACGUGCUGAGCCGAGACCAUGAGGAAGCCGUGUUUGGGGCUGAUCGAAAUAAAGCUGUGCCUGAGCCAGUGAACGUCUCAAACACUCAGUUUGAUGAUGGCGGCAGUGUGGCUCAGGAUGCCAGAAAGCGUCAUGCACGCGUCGCUGCAGCCACAUCAUCGUGA